GUUAACUGUAUCCAGUGCUGGAACUUGCUGGUCGUUGGGGAAGGAGAAGCUUGUUGUUGAAAAUGUGAUCAAAUCGUGGGUGAAGAAGCACAAGCACGAAAGGCUUCCUCUCGUGGCGUUAGGUGCUUCAUCUGGUGGCUACUUCGUCUCUGCUCUUGCAACGGAUUUGAAGUUUAGUAGCAUUGUGCUUAUGAUCGCUGAAGGAGUCUUUGAUCAGAUUAGUAUCAGUAAACAGUAUCCUCCGACUCUCUUUGUGCACAUGCCUAAAGAUGUGUAUAGACAACAGAAGAUCAGAGAGUUCUUGGAAGGUUUGAGAAUGGAAGGUGUUGAUGCUGCAGAGAUUGAAUGCAUGGAUUUGCCGCUUUCUCCUGGUUUCUUGGCGGAUAGGAUUCCUGGUCUUGAUCGGGGUGUGUCGGCUAAACUGUUCAAGUUGUUUCGAGAGAAGGGGUUUGUUGAUGAGAAGGGAUACAUGAAGCGUGAUGGAAGGAGAACACCGUGGAAGCAAGCUCUGAGUGGGUACAAGAUAUCACUGGAGGAAAGCUUGGUUACUCCUGUUGAAGAAGAGCUGAAUCUUGCAUUUGCGUAUCAUGAAAUGACGAGCUUGCAGUCUGAACAAAUCUUUAGCUGGUUUGAAUCUCAUAUGGGCUAA